AUGCCUUCAGGAACCCUGGUCAUCAUCCACAUGUGUACAAGAUCAGUAACCGACAAAGCAGUCGCGUGCAGCGAGCCCGAAACUCGGGUUGAGCCCUCGAAAUAUUUCAACCUUACGGCCAGCGGCAACACCCGAGUUAUAAAAACAGCAGGUGGACGUGCAGGGAACUGUAUCAAUGAGUUGCACACUAUCGAUCAAGCUUCGAGUAUCGGCAUGAUCGUUGUGCUACAACAUUCCGAAUGCGUGUGGGCUCCCGGAGAUAUCGAAGCCAACGUUCGCUCUGACAUUGGGACGCUCAAGAACUCGCCUUAUGUACGGAAGGGAAUCCCUAUCAUUGGCUACGCUCUGAAUGCUGCGACAGGGCAACUAAAAGAAGUCAAUAUCCGACGCAGCACACAAGACGAAGCAGCGCGACAGCAAGUUCUCCAGGAGUUUCAGGACUUUGCUCCAUUCUGGGGCUGA